AUGAUCACUCUGGGUAUCAACAGCGAGCGAAGGGGCAGUGGCUUGGUGCCAUUGCUGGCCAAGGGUGGCAUCUUCAUGAUAUUUCCCUCUGAGAAAACACCUGAGAGUUACCCUGGUAGGUACAGUCUGUCAAUUUGUAGAAAAGGUGGUGGGUACAGCACAUGCAAGGAAAUAUGGAUAGAUCUUCAAGAAUUGGGAAUAUUGAAGAUGUUUGGGAAUUGGUCAACUGGUCGUGAUAACAAUCAGCCUACAAGGGGCUGCGAAGAUCAUCUCAUUUCCAGAAGCGAUAUGGAUUACCACAUGGGUACAUACCCAAUGGUCCCGCCUGUUGACCAAGCUAAUGGCAUAUACACAUAUGCCUGGGCCAAGUUGGUAGAGUCGUAUUUCCCUGUGUCUAACGCUUGGCCAGGAAAAAUGGGAUGGAGUGUGUGUGAGGUUAUCAGCUGGGCCGAUGUGGAACAUAGUGACUGUGGGCUGAUAGGAGCUGAUGCUAUCAAAUGGGCUGAUGGCAAGGAAUACCUGAUGGUAUCAGAUGGGCCAAUGGAAUGCAUUGGCUGA